CGAGAGAGGAGGAGAGAAAGGAAGGAAAGGGAGCCGAGGAAAGCUCUCCCCCCCUCCCCAAAUUUCAUCUUCGUUCUUCCGCUCCUCGCCUCGCCCGGACCCCGGCCGGAUUCUCGUCAAGGAGGAGGAGGAGGAGGGGGAGGGGAUGGGGAGGGAGGACAGGUUCCCGGUCUGGGAGGCCGCGCUCGGCGCCGGGGUCGCCGCCGUCUUCGCCGCGGGCCUCGUCGGGGUCUACCUCUCCAUGCCGGACUCCGACUACAGCUUCCUCAAGUUGCCCCGCAACCUCCACGAACUCCAAAUCCUCACUGGCCAUCUUGAGAACUAUACCAGUGACUACACCGUACAGGUGUUGAUAGGUUACUGUGCUGUGUACAUUUUCAUGCAGACCUUCAUGAUCCCAGGGACAAUAUUCAUGUCAUUGCUUGCUGGUGCUCUGUUCGGGCAACUCCGGGGUGUGGCUCUGGUUGUCUUUGCUGCCUCUGCUGGUGCUUCUUCAUGCUUUUUCCUGUCGAAGAUGAUUGGAAAACCGCUGGUGUUCGUGCUGUGGCCAGACAAGCUCACAUUCUUCCAGAAGCAGGUCGCCAAAAGAAGAGAAAAGCUGUUGAAUUACAUGCUUUUCCUCAGGGUCACCCCAACAUUGCCAAAUACCUUCAUCAACUUGGCAUCGCCCAUUGUUGAUGUGCCCUUCCAUACCUUCUUAUUGGCAACUCUUAUCGGUCUCAUCCCAGCAGCCUACGUGACCGUGAGGGCUGGGAUUGCUCUGGGAGAGCUAACAUCGCUCAGCGACCUGUAUGACACCCAGUCAGUAGCCCUGCUUUUCUUGAUCGGCGUGGUCUCGGUCACACCAGCAUUGUUGAGCAAGGACGAGGCGCAAGACACGGCACCAGAAAUCGCAGCAGGCGCCUCAUGAACACCGAAGAGGACUCACCUAGCCCACCUGUACAUACCAAGGCACAGCAUGCGGCGGCUUCAUUGGAUUUGGGCCAUACAGGCCUUGUGAGGUGGAUGACACAUGGUUUGCGAGUUCACACGACGACACAGCAGCACGGCGGGACCUUGGACCCCAAGUCUGCCCGUCACCCGCCUGCUGGAGAUCUGCGUCGCCACGAGAACACUAUUUCAUUUCAUGGUCACCCCCACAUUGUUUGUUAUGAAUGAAUCUGGGAAGCACAAUGCCCAUCCACAGGCAAGAUGCUUCGGAUGUGUAGACAAGUAGCGUGUGUGCCGUUCGUCAGCCUGCGAUGCUGUUUAUUUAGAUGAAACUGGCAGCUAGUCCAAAUCCUUGUAUAUAUAUUGACCAGAUUCAUUCAAUCCAUAUUCAGUGGUUCAAUGACAA